AUGAAACUCACGAAGCUGGGCCUCGAAGGAGAUGAGCACGAUCCAACAUUUCACGGAGGACCCGACAAGGCAAUUUUGGGCUACUGCUCAUCCCAUUACCGCGACUGGCAAGCCUCUUACCCAGAGCGAGUAGACCGGUUUGUCCCAGGUGGCUUCGGAGAGAACUUCGUCACAGCCUCCAUGAACGAGCGAAACGUGUGCAUCGGCGACAUCAUCUCAGUUGGCCCCGAGGUUCUCCUCCAGGUGUCCCUCCCUCGCCAGCCAUGCUUCAAACUAAAUCACCGGUUCUCUCUCAAAAAUUUUGCACCCCAGACCUACCAGACGAGCCGUACGGGUUGGUACUACCGAGUGAUACGUGAAGGCAGCGUCAAUGUGGGAGACGAGCUGAGACUCGUGGAGCGAAAGUGGCCCAGGUGGACAGUCGAGCGGGUGCAAGAGUACCUCCAUCGCGAUACUGGGAAUCUUGCCAUGAACGAGGAGCUUGCGGCUGUUGAAGCGCUCGGCGAGGAGAGCAGAGGGCAGUUCAGAAAGAGAGUGGCCAAGGCGAAGCGGAAAAGCCAGAAAGAAGACGCGUGGAAGGACUUUAGGAUCAUCGACCGCAAGAUGGAGGCCCCGAGCAUCGUGUCCCUGAUUUUCAAGGCGGUAAACCCGGACCUGGAGGCCGACAAGUAUCUUCCAGGGUCACAUGUGAAGUUGAAGCUUCCGAACGGGUUGCUUAGGACCUACUCGAUGGUCUCUACAGCGGAAAAGAGCGACAAAGAUAACAUUGGCAACAUGUUUGAACUCGGCAUCGCUCUCGACGACCACAGCCGUGGAGGGUCCCGAUACCUACAUGAAUCUGCCAAAGUCGGCGACAUUAUACAGGUUGGCAGGAUCACGACAGAUGUGGCUCAUGCGGCAUCUGCGAGCGUACAAGUCUUCAUUGCGGGUGGGAUAGGGAUCACAGCCUUCUUAGCCUUGCUCAAGCGGUACCAUUCCAUCCAUUUGGCCUGCGAUCUCCACUACGCUGUGCGCUCAGCUGAGGAGGCGGCAUUCCUAGAUCGCUUGGAGCCCAUGCGUGAGAGCGUUACCAUAUACGACAAAUCCAAGGGUGAGAGGAUGGACAUCAAAAACAUCGUAAAGACACUGCCAUGGAAUAGCCAUCUCUACGUCUGUGGACCCAACAGAAUGAUGGAGGCUGCCAAGGAAGCCGUCGAAGAAUGCUGCAUCCCGCCCAAUGAAAUUCAUUUUGAGGCGUUUGCGGCUGACGUCUCGGGCGACCCUUUCCAGGCGAAAGUAGUCAACCGAGGUGACGAAGUGGUCCAGGUGGGAGAGGAGGAGAGCCUCCUCGAGGUGCUCCGACGGGAGUUCGGCGACGUUCCAUCAAGUUGCGAAGUGGGAAACUGCGGAACGUGCAAAACCACGCUCAAGAGUGGCCGCGUCGACCACAGGGGCUCAGCUCUUCAGCCGGAGGAGAAGGAAACGGCCAUGUUGGCCUGCGUCAGCAGGGGCAUCGGCUUGAUUUCCAUCGAGAUCUAG